CCCCCACCCUUUAGCCUAUAAAAGCCGGGGAGCGUAGGCUCAUCCAUGCUCAUUCAGUCUCACCCAGACUAGAGGAUGGGAAUAUUGACGUACAUCGCGCUUGGAGCAGGAGCAGCGGGGGGAGUCGCCGCGGCCCCCCUCAUUCUGGGAGCCGUAGGUUUCACCGCGGCGGGGAUCACCGCAGGCUCCUGGGCCGCAGGUAUGAUGUCCGCCGCGGCGGUGGCCAACGGGGGGGCGGUGGCUGCAGGGAGCACCGUGGCUAUUCUGCAGGCUGCAGGUGCGGCUGGUCUGGGCGCAGCUGGCACGGCGGCUGCAGCCGGCGCGGGGGCAGGAGUCGCAGGAACUCUGGCCAGCCUGGCUGCCAUCAUCAUUUAAACAUUUUUCUUAAGCUUUGCCAACUAGGAACAGUUCAUUUGCCACAUCAUUCGAUCCAACGUCAAGUUUGUCAUCUUAGACCACUGACAUGUUUGGUUCAAUAAAUCGGCUAACCUGAUGAA